GCAAAUAACAGCUUGACAGAGAAUGAUCUCACUGCUACGGAAUGCUUGUUUAUCGCUUGAUUGCGUGCCACCAGCCUCGCUUUCACAGCACAGGGAGGAACGAGUUGAAAGUCGGUGAACGCGUUUUGAAGAAAUUAAACACAGCGGCUGGGAAGAGCUAUCGGAGCGAAGAUGAUGGUGUGGUUGAGACCGACCUCGAAACGGAGAUCGCUUAUACUAGGGUGUUUUUUCUUGGUAACUUUGAGGACCAUGUUGUUUGUGAUUCAGUUUUACAAGGAAGAAACAGCAAGAACUCGAAAACCUGCCCGUGUGCAAACAGGUGGAGGUGAAACACCGGUUCUUCCGCCGGUUUGGAAUAACUUAGUCAAGUGGAAGAAAGAAGACUUUCCUAAGAGGCAGCGAAAACGAUUGAUAAUUUACUGGUCGGGAGUUAGGGGACACAAGGUGCCCGUUCAAAAGAGUGGCGUGAAUCAUACAAAUUACUGGCCGUUUUUUUACGCGGGUCAACCUGGGGAAUGCCCCGUACCGUGUGAGCUGUCCAACGACCAAUCACGCGCUGCUGAAGCUAGUGCGUUUGUUGUUCACGCUAGACCACCGGAUAUUUCGAAUCUUCCACCGAUUGAAAAUUUAGCUCCGUGGAUUCUUCAAACUAAUGAAAAUCCUGUAUACACACCGACACUGUAUAAUGCGCGCAUUAUGUCGCAGUUCAAUCUGCUUAUAAGCUAUCGUCUGGACUCGGAUUUUCCUGCUCCGAUCUAUCCCAUGCCUGGAUUAGAUCCCCCUAUACCAUUUCAAAAGCGACAGGGAGAUAUUCUCGCCAUCUUUUCUAAGUGUGAACCCGUUCGAACAGAAUACAUGCGGCAACUCAUGAAAUAUAUCCAAGUGGACUCUUACGGCGCAUGCCUCAAGAACAAAGAGGGACUUAUAGGAUUGUACGGGAAAAUCAAUAACAAAUAUGUCUUCAAAGAUCACAAGCUUGUUCUAACGAGGCAUUACAAGUUCUCUUUGGUUUUCAUGAAUCAAGACUGUGAUUACUUUAUAGACGACAGACUUUACCAUGCUCUCACAACCGGCUCGGUACCAAUUUUCAUGGGCACUGACAAAGUGGACGAGUUUUUACCUGGAAAUCUCAAGAACUCUAUUAUCAAAGUUAGCGAUUUUAAAAGCCCUAAAGAAUUAGCAAAGUAUCUUAAAUAUCUCAGUAAUAACGAGACUGCGUAUAAUAAGUAUCUAGAAUGGAAAUGGAAGGGACUAGGAAACAUUUUAAACACAACUAUUGGUCGUUGGUGGAAACCGCGGCACCCGCUUUUUUGCCAGGUAUGCAUGGCGCUGGCCAAGGGAAAGCUGCAUCGCGGAUUAAGGCUGGACUAUUGCCAACCGCGCCGUUACGAGGACUGGGGACUAAAGGACCCUAACGCUGACAUUCAAAAUCACUAUAGCACGUUUCUUUAUGUUGGUUUUGUAUUGUUUGUGAUUGUUAUACUAGUAUCAUGAAGUACACUUAGAAAGGCCCAAGUGAAAUUUUUUUUAAAGAUUUUCAAUUCCAGAGAAAGCGUGACAAUGAGAAACAAAGGGAAGCAUAACUUGGAGCCGGCAGGAUCGGACCCUGGUUGUUCGCCGCCUUAACAGUCAAAAGGGUUUAUGGUUAAUUUGCCCAAAGCAAGUUGCUCCCCUUAGUGUAAAACAAGUUCGCACGACCUUGAUCAGUUCGCCCCAAAACCUUUCCACUCGUGUCCCUGCCACAGAACGAAUUAAUUCCCUGCUGAAAUCAUUUUUGCGACUAACACGCAAUUUUAACAAUGAAACUAUAAGAAGGUUCGAUUAACUAGUAAGAAUGAGAAGAAUGAUGUGGGGGCGAACUGCUUGAUGGUGGGGUGAACUUGUUUAAAAUUAGGGACAAACGGGUGAUUGGGAGCGAGCUUGCAAUGGGGCGAAUUCACCAGGUACCAUAAUAAACCUGGUAAAGGAAAGGGGGGUGGAAUACUUUUAGACUUGCUUUUUUGAGACUCUGUUGUGAUUUUAUUUCGUAGCCCAGUUUUAGUUUUGAUAGGCUCCGACGCGAAUGAAUGAGUUUCGGAGUGUAAACAUUACCCUACAGAAAAUUCUUCGAAAUCGUAGGAUGUUCGCUGUAAAUCAUACCAUAUACGUAAUUCAGAUAGAAUUUACGAGCACCUUAAAUGUGGUGACAAACUGAAGAAAGAAAGUGAAAAAGUUUUUUCUUGUGGCUUUCCUACUUAUUUUUUGAAAAAAAAAACUCUCUCGAACAACGUUCAUACCGCCAGUAGCGAAGGAAUAAUCAUGAUUGAAGCAAAUAUAUGUAUAUAUGCUUUGUGGUGAAUUUGAAUUUCGUCCUAUCUAGGCAAGGGACUAAGCUAAAAAUACUUUUCUGCCUUUUUUUUCCGUUUAUUUUAAUCUGAUCACUCAGCCCGUCAAUUGGUCUUCAGUGCAUUUUGUUUUUGUAUAUUCCACCGCUCACUCCUCCCGAAGCCUGGAGAGAGUCCAGAGAGUAGUGGUAACAGUGGUAGCUAUUUUUACCUCGUCAUGACUUUCUGACUAAUAUGUUUUGGAUCAAUAGAAGAUAAAUCGAGCUUAAACUUGUAAUUUUUAGGUGUUCGGUUAUGUGCAUAUUGUUACUGCAGCUUAGCAUGCUUUUUAAAUAAAAAUCGCCAGCUUCAUAGCUUGUUUGGAGUUUAUGAGAAA